AUGGCUGAUUUUGAUGGUUUUCUUCGUUGUUUACUUUAGAAAACCAAAGUAAUUAGACAUCAGACAUUCUCAUUUUAUUUGUUUUCAAUGUAAGUUUGCUCUAUAGUUUCAGCAAUAGAAGUUCGAGGAUGAGCAUCAAUAGUCGAAAAAUGAACAUAAUCUUAUCGUUAUCAAAACAAUAAAACUACACAGUCGUAUGACAGAUGAUGAUAUCUACUAGAAAUCUUCUAAGAAUGUGACUUUUGACUUGAGAAAGAACCCGUUUUCUGAAUUGGUGCAUCAAAUAUGGCGGAGUCUGAGCAUCAGUCGGCAUGCAGUGAGGACAAUAGUUCGGUGUGCGACGAAGAGAGAGCGCGCAAGCUGUUCCAAGCGUGUGACGGAGAUGGAGAUGGUUUUAUUGACAGUCAUGACUUGCUCUACAUCUGCCGUGAACUGAACCUGGAGGGUUCGGUUGAGGAACUGAUGAAAGAACUUGGAGCCGACUCCGAGGGCCGAAUCUCCUACAAUGCAUUUCUGCGUUGCCGACUUGCGCUGCGCUCUGAAAUUGACGCGUUGCGCAGCGUUACUGCGCAGGAGUCCUAUCUGCCCACCAGCAGUGAUAACAGUCUCGGUGGCAAGCCCGAUACUUGGGAAUUCGACAGCGGAGCAAGGGACUUGAGUCCUGAGCCUCACACCCUGCAAAGACUAGUGGAGGCUGCUGCCGGGGUCAAUGCCCUCUCCACCACCAGUACUGCCAACCUACUGCAGCUGGCUAACAAGUUGCAUUUGGCGGCUCUGGCUUCGCUUCGUGGAGAAAUAUUGGAUCUGUCCACUCGUCUCCAUACAGUCACUGAGGAGCGUGAUUUAUUGGAGAAAACGCUGGCUGAAACACAGGCAAGUAUAGAAGCGUCAUCUGUCCAGCACUAUGAAGAGAGGAUAACUGAACUCCAUUCAGUGAUAGCUGAGCUGACGAGGAAAAUUGAAAGACAGAGAUCACUAGUGAUCGCUGAAGAAGAAGAUCAUGAACAGUCCGAAACUGAAGUUAUCAGCGUUGGGAGCUGUCAUGACUUGGCGGAUAAGGAGAAGGUGGAAGGGAAUGGAAAGAGGUGUGAAGCAGACGAAGCAAGUGGAGAAGAGGAGGAGAUAGAGGAAGAUGAUGUAGGAGAAGGAGAGGAAGAAGAUCUAGUUGCCACCACUACUUGUGCUGGGGACUCACCUUCAUUAUCGUGGGUUCAUCAGAAGACAAAUUGUGAAGAAAUCAUUCCACCAGCAUUCAACAUUCUGCGUGAUGCAGAUGUGAGCUGCAAGCCUUCAGCUGUAUGCAGCAAACCUCCAGCUGCAUGCAACAAAACUACAGCUGAAAACCAGCUUGCCUGUAAACCACCAGCUGGGCCAUCAGCUGAUUAUCAGCUAUCUUGUAAACCGCCAGCCUGUAAACCAUCAGCUGAUAAUCAUCUGACAAGUAAACCAGCAGCUGGGCCAUCAGCUGAUAUCCAGCUGGCUUGUUUGUCGGAAACUGUGACCGAGCUGGAGACAAGGAACGCCGAUCUGCAGCUGAUCGUGAGUGGGAAAGAGAGCGAGAUACGGCGACUGCAGCGCUUACUGAGUGCAGCGGCGGACAGCGAACUACAGCAGCAGCCCAGGAAGAAACGCACCGCCAGCGGCGGAAGGAGUAGGGAGAGGCCUAGUAGUAAGGCUAGAGAAAGCCGACGCACACGCAGCGCGAGAGACCACGCAAUGACGUCAUCGCUGGCGGGUGGGGGGAGUUCUCCCGCCACUAGUUUCGGCCACUUGCCACCAGGAGGUGAUAGCAGCAGUCCCAGUCCGCCAGUUCCUAAAGUGGCCGAGAGAGUGCGUCUCAGGCGGAUGGAUGCGCAUGUCACGGGAUCCGAUAUUGCGUCGUUCGGGGUUUCGCACACAGAAGUGGCCGAGCACUUGGUGUCUGGUCUACAGGAGCAGUGUGAUUUGCUGGAAAUGGGCACCGACCUGAGGAAAUUCGAAAUCGAAACUGAAAAACUUACCAGCAGACUCGAGCAUACACGGGCGCUCAAUACUCUAUUGCAAAUCACACUGGAGGAAACUAAAUCGCAUUGUGAGAGGUUAACGCAGCUGGUGGGGAAGUACGAGUCGAAUUUAGUGGCUCUCCAGCUGGCUCUAAGCUGUUGUGAUAGGAUGCUGGACGCUUAUGAGGAGCUGCUUGACAGCCUGUCAAAAGAAGACAAUCAAAAGACUGAAAAGGAGAGAGACGAGUUGAGAACGGUCAUAGAAGAACUACGUCGUGAACGAGGUACCAUUGAAGGCGCCGUCGUUCAGUUGGAGAGCUAUUACGAGCCGCCCUCACAGGCACUGCUUCUGUGCUCUCCCGCCAGAGCGCGCAAGUUGGAUUUGGAGACUGCCGUGCUUAUGCAGGAGGUAAUGUCAAUGAGAGAGGAGAAGGCAGACUUGAAUGCUAGCGUCUAUCAGCUGGAGAAGGAGAAGGAGGCGCUUGAGCAGAGACUGGCGGCCAUUUUGGAGAGUCAACAGCAGGGUCAGUCUGGUCAGGCCACUGUACAGCAUCUGCGCACGCUCAAGGAAGCUGCUGCUUACGAGAAGAAAUUCGCAGACAGGGACAGCAGACCGCACAUGAGAAGUCGUUCCAAGCAUUCUGGCGAAAGGUCCGCGGAUCGAGGACUCCCUCACCAAAAUCUAGAUCUUCGACAAAGAUCCGAUUCACAAUCAUCCAACAGUAUGCAUAAUCAGGAAAGAAGCAGGCCCAAACCUGAGCCGAAACCGCAGAGACUGGAAGCUCAUGUGCUGGAUAGGGUGGGGCGGCAUUCACAGGUACAUGCCUUCAGACAAAGGCUAGCGCAGAUGUUGGACACAAGCCGUCACUCGUCUAGUCAUGGUUCCAGCUAGUCUCAUCUAUAAUCUCAUCAAUAAAGGGAAGAAUCGGCUUAUACAUGUACGGGAUAGGAAAAACACGAAUGACGCAUCAUCAUUUAUGAACUGCUGGACUGAUUAACUUGAAAUUUUGCUUAUAGAUUUUUAAUUUAUCCGGGAUGGUUAUACGUUCUUUUUAAAUUCUUCAACGUUUUAAGUUAGUCAAAUUUUUAAUUAAGAUUCUUAAUUUACCGAUGAGGGUUAAAGGCCCUUUUUAAAAUUCUUCAAGACUUCAGUAGGUCUAGUUUUCAGUUUGAGCUUUGAACAGACCCUUGCAAAGCACGGGUUACCUGCUAGUCCAAAGUAGUUUAGGCUAGUUAUUAGCCUCUUUAGAACUACUAAUGUCACUGUAUUAGCAAAGAGGAGAUAACUACUUCUCUUUUUUAUGUGAGCUGUUAUUUGCUGACUUAAUUAUUUAUGAUUUCAUUAGAAUAACCUGAUUCCUGAAUCAUUAGUAAAGAACGUACAGGAUCGUUUAAGGCUGUGCAAAUGCUAAAAAUAAACUUUGAACUGGUGAUAUUUUACAAAGUUUUUCGAUGUGUAUAUCAUCAAGCUAUCAAAAUGAGAACGUUUUAUCAGGAAACACUUUUUCCGAUCAUUACUGUUUGUGAUAUGAGCGCCUAAAGUUUGAAUUUUUGGGAC